UGUGGUAGGGACCUGGACCAGGCUAGUAUGGAGGCUGUGGUUGCCCUCCUGGCUGGGCUUCCUCUCCAGCCGGAGGAGGGCGAUGGUGGAGACCUCAUGGAGGCCAAGUCACAGCUCUUCCUGAAGUACUUCACGCUCUUCAUGAACCUGCUCAAUGACUGCAGUGAGGUGGAAGAGGAUGGUGGUGGUGGUGGCGGUAGUGGCGGUGGCGGUGGUGGUGGUGGUGGUGGUGGCGGUGGUGGCGGUGGUGGUGGUGGUGGCUGUAGUGGGCGCAAGCGAGGAAUGUCUCGCCGGCUGGCAUCACUGCGGAACUGUACCGUGCUUGCCAUGUCCAACCUGCUCAACGCCAACGUGGACAGCGGGCUCAUGCACUCCAUCGGCCUAGGCUACCACAAGGACCUCCAGACUCGCGCCACCUUCAUGGAGGUGCUCACCAAGAUCCUACAGCAGGGCACGGAGUUCGACACGCUGGCCGAGACGGUGCUGGCUGAUCGCUUCGAGCGACUGGUGGAGCUCGUGACGAUGAUGGGAGACCAGGGGGAGCUGCCCAUCGCCAUGGCACUGGCUAACGUGGUGCCCUGCUCUCACUGGGACGAGUUGGCACGUGUACUAGUGACACUCUUUGACUCGAGACAUCUGCUGUACCAGCUACUCUGGAACAUGUUCUCCAAGGAGGUGGAGCUCGCGGACUCGAUGCAAACUCUCUUCCGGGGCAACAGCCUCGCCAGCAAGAUCAUGACCUUCUGCUUCAAGGUGUACGGCGCCACCUACCUGCAGAAGCUUCUGGAACCGCUGCUGCGUGUCGUGAUGACCUCACCAGAGUGGCAGCACUGCAGCUUCGAGGUGGACCCCGCCAGGCUGGACUCUGCCGGCCACCUACAGGACAACCAGCACCACCUACUACGUAUGACCCAGCUGUUCUUCCACACGAUUGUCCACUCCACCGGUGACUUCCCACCGCAGCUGCGCAGCGUCUGCCACUGCCUCUACCAGGCCACUUGCUUCAGUCUGAGUAAGUCGUCCAGUUGUAAGGAAUCCCGAGACGGCUUAAGAAAAUCCGUGGUGUCCCAGCGUUUCCCACAGAACAGCAUCGGUGCCGUGGGCAGUGCCAUGUUCCUGCGCUUCAUCAACCCGGCCAUUGUGAGCCCCUACGAGGCCGGGAUCCUCGACAAGAAGCCGUCGCCCCGGGCCGAGCGUGGACUCAAACUCAUGUCCAAGAUCCUGCAGAGCAUAGCGAACCACGUGCUCUUCACCAAGGAGGAACACAUGACCCCUUUCAACAACUUCGUGGAGAGCAACUUUGAGCACGCACGCAGGUUCUUCCAGGACAUCGCCUCCGACUGUCCCGUGGCAGAAGCGGUGAACCACGGCGGCGGUGGCGGCGGUGGCGGAGGAGGCGGUGGAGGCGGUGGAGGCGGUGGAGGCGGUGGAGGCGGUGGAGGCGGUGGAGGCGGUGGAGGCGGUGGCCUGUCCCUCAUCAGCGAUGGCAACGUGCGGGCGCUGCACCGUCUGCUGUGGAACAACCAGGAGAAGAUCGGGCAGUACCUGUCCAGUAACAGAGACCACAAGGCAGUGGGGCGGCGACCCUUUGACAAGAUGGCGACGCUGCUGGCCUACCUGGGGCCUCCGGAGCACAAACCGGUGGCCGACACCCAUUGGUCGAGCCUGAACCUCACCAGCUCCAAGUUUGAGGAGUUCAUGACGAGGCACCAGGUCCACGAGAAGGAGGAGUUUAAGGCCCUCAAGACGCUCAACAUUUUCUACCAGGCCGGCGUUUCGAAGGCUGGGAACCCCGUCUUCUACUACAUCGCACGCCGCUUCAAGGCCGGCCAGAUCAACGGCGACCUGCUCAUCUACCACGUGCUGCUGACCCUGAAGCCGUUCUACGGGAAGCCGUACGAGCUGGUGCUAGACCUGACACACACGGGGGCAGGCAACCGGUUCAAGACGGACUUCCUGUCCAAGUGGUUCGUGGUUUUCCCCAGCGCCGCCUACGAGAAUGCCGUCUGCGUCUACGUCUACAACUGUAACUCCUGGGUCCGUGAGUACACCAAGUACCACGAGCGCCUGUUGACCGGGCUCAAGGGUAGCAAGCGACUGGUGUUUGUCGAGUCCCUGGGACGUCUGGCUGACUACGUGGACACGUCACAGCAGCGUCUGCCCGGAGCCACGCUCGCUCUCGACGAGGACCUCAAAGUGUUUCACAGCGCCCUGAAGCUGUCGCACAAAGACACGAAGGUGUCCAUCAAGGUGGGCCCUACGGCCGUGCAGGUGAUGUCUGCGGAGAAGACUCGCGUGCUGGGUCAGUACGUUCUGCUGGACGAUGUGCACUACGCGUCCGAGAUCGAGGAAAUCUGCCUCGUGGACGAGAACCAGUUCACGCUCACCAUCGCCAACCAGGGCACCCCGCUGACGUUCAUCCACACGGACUGCGAGGCCAUCGUGCAGUCCAUCAUCCACAUCCGGACCCGCUGGGAGUUAUCGCAACCGGACUGCAUUCCACAGCACACCAAGAUACGUCCCAAGGACGUGCCGGGCACGUUGCUCAACAUAGCUCUCCUCAACCUGGGCAGCUCCGACCCCAGCCUCCGCUCUGCGGCCUACAACUUGCUCUGCGCUCUCACCUGCACGUUCAACCUGAAGAUCGAGGGUCAGCUGCUGGAGACGUCUGGCUUGUGCAUCCCGGCCAACAACACCCUCUUCAUCGUGUCCAUCAGCAAGACGCUGGCCCUCAACGAGCCUCACCUCACGCUCGAGUUCCUGGAGGAGUGCAUCUCGGGGUUCAGCAAGUCCAGUAUCGAACUGAAGCACCUGUGUCUGGAGUACAUGACCCCGUGGCUCUCCAACUUGGUCCGCUUCUGCAAGCACUCGGAUGAUGCGAAGCGUCAGCGAGUAUCGGCCAUCCUGGACAAGCUCAUCACCAUGACCAUCAACGAGAAGCAGAUGUAUCCUUCCAUACAGGCCAAGAUCUGGGGCAGUCUCGGGCAGAUCACCGACCUGCUGGACGUGGUGCUGGACAGCUUCAUCAAAACCAGCGCCACGGGCGGUCUGGGUUCCGUCAAGGCCGAGGUGAUGGCCGAUACAGCGGUGGCGCUCGCCUCCGGCAACGUCAAGCUGGUGUCAAGCAAGGUGAUAGGCAGGAUGUGCCGUAUCAUAGACAAGACUUGCCUCUCACCGACUGCUACGCUGGAGCAGCACCUCAUGUGGGAUGACAUCGCAAUUCUCGCCAGGUACAUGCUCAUGCUGAGUUUCAACAACUCCCUGGACGUGGCCACCCACCUCCCCUACCUCUUCCACGUCGUGACGUUGCUCGUUGCCACGGGGCCCCUGUCCCUAAGGGCCUCCACUCACGGCCUCGUCAUCAACAUCAUCCACUCACUGUGCACGUGCUCCCAGCUCAACUUCAGUGAGGAGACGAAGCAAGUCCUGCGCCUCAGCGUGACCGAGUUCUGCCUGCCCAAGUUCAAGCUGCUGUUCGGCAUCAGCAAGGUGAAGUCGGCCGCCGUCAUCGCCUUCCGCGCCAGCUACCGAGACCGUUCCUUCUCGCCGGGCUCGUACGAGCGGGAGAGCUUCUCGCUCACCUCGCUCGAGGUGGUGACCGACGCUCUGCUGGAGAUCAUGGAGGCCUGCAUGCGUGACCAGCCGACCUGCCGCUGGCUGGAGCAGUGGACGGAGCUCGCCCAGAAGUUUGCGUUCCAGUACAACCCGUCCCUACAGCCGCGUGCCCUCGUGGUGUUUGGCUGCAUCAGCAAGCGAGCGACCAGCACUCACAUCCGCCAGAUCCUGCACAUUCAGAGCAAGGGUCUAGAGAGUUCACUGAAGGGGCCUGACAGCUACAACAGCCUGGUUCUCAUCGAGGCCACGGUCAUCGCCCUGAUGCGCCUGCAGCCUCUACUCGCACGUGUGAGUAGCACACACACACACACC